CCUGGAUUCAGACCCCACCUCCCCAUGACCCCUGUACAAUACCAUAUUUAACCCAACCAACUAAUCGCGACGUCAUCCCCCUUUCAACACCAACUACAAAAAAAGCCAAUCCACACGUUAUUCAGCCACACAUUUUUCAUUUUUAUUUUUAACCUUCCUUUUUCGUUUAAAAACGCCUUAUGAGCGCUCAUCAAAUAAGACAGCAGGAGCGGCAGAAAUGGAUCCGGCGACAACGCCAGCGCCACGGCCCCGGUUUCCUCCCCGAUCAAGACGACGGCACACACAAUAGCCUUGAGGAUCUAUUUAUUUUCGGAUACACAGCGCAAAUAUUCCCCGCACCACGCACCGUACCAGCACUAACUGAGCUCUCGCCGGACGUAUUCGUGGAUCGCUACGAUAUCCGACACCUAAUCCCCACAUCCAUAACUAAAACCAGGUGUCACAGCAUUUCCGACCAUCAAGAUAUUUCCAUCAUACGGUUUGCCACAUUGCUUGAAAAGAACGAGGCUGGGGAGGAAAAAAUACCGCAGCGUGAUAUUUUUGAGAUGGACGCGCAGGAAAGACGCGCGUUUAUCGAGCGUGCGCCGCAGGUCGAGUACAAGGGUAUUCCACUGGACUACGAGUUGCAGGAGAAUCCGCGCACAGACGUUUUGGAAGCAGAGGCAAAUAAGGACGAAGACGAAGAUGAAAACGAGGGAGAAGAUGAGAAUGGGCCAGCGUUUAUUGUAAAGUUUGCGGUGCCAGAUAAUGUGGCGACGCCAAAGACGCAGAGGCUGUUUGGGAUCAUCGAGCAAACGGCGAGGUUCAUUGUCGAGCAGCCCAGCGCGAUGGCUAAUAGGAUGGAGCUGGUGAUCCAGGGCAAGCAGGGGACUAAUCCUGAUUUUGCGUUCCUGAGUGCCCGCAGCCCGUUGUAUGUCUUUUACAAGCACCUGCAGUGGCUAAUGCAAACUGGGCUCUAUGGUUACAACGCGGAAUCAAGCUCCAGCUCCAGCUCCGAUUCUGAGCAAGAGCAAGAGCAAGAGCAAGGGCAAGGGCAAGGGCAAGGGCAAGGGCAAGGGCAAGGACAACAGCAGGAGCAGGAGCAGGAGCAGGAGCAGCAUCAGCACCCCUCCGCUGUACCCUCCCCUGCUCCUUUGAUCCAGCCUGAGCCUGAGCCUAAGCCUGAGCCUAAGCCUGAGCCUGAACCAUUGCCGUCCGUUCCAUCCACCGUGUCAGUGCCCACAGACGCAUCCACGCGUCAGCUCAUAGACACAGUCGUGCUUCUCGUGUGCAAAUCGCCCAGCCCCCAUAAACUCGAGCAAACCAUGCGUGUUGAAAAGGCAACCACAUCAACCUAUCGGUUCCUCUCCCCGUUCGACCCACUCCACGCGUACUACUGUUUUAUUCGCAAUUGUCGUUUGGCCAGAAAUUCAUCAGACGACAUUGAAAGGGCCGUAGCCGAUGCACUUCAAAAACAACAAAAUGACACAGUAAUAGUGCCGGUGGAAAAAAAGGAGGAGGAAAAGGAAGAGACAGUGGGGGAUCAGGAUGCUUGUUUGCAAGCUAAACGCAGGUUGAGAGCGUUGGAGUUUCUUCGAGCAAAACGAACGAAGUAGUAAAAAUAAAAAUGUUUUUGUUUUGUUUUUGAUUUUUGAUUCUUUUGUUCAAGAUAGUAUCAAAAAC